UCCGGUGGAGUGGAUCGGUUCCUCACCAACAGAUCAACAUUGGUCUGCUGUGUGAAAAACUGAUAGAUCUAGCACUGCCAAGAGUUUUGAUACUCUCCCCAACCUUUCUGGGUAUUGUUUGUCCCGCAUUCAAGCAGUCUCUCCGCUAGCAUGGAAAACGACAUCCUUGAUUCCCUAGAAGACUUAGGGUACUCGGGGCCACUGCUGGAUGGGAGUGCACUCAAUGAGGCUGCUGAGGCAGGAGCUAAGUCUGUGGCUUACACAGAGCUGGUAGAAUGGAUCGUCUCUCAGCUCGCUGCCUUCUGUGGCAUCGAUGAGAAGGUCUCAGCUAUCCAAGGACCUGGAGAUGGAGACAACUUUCUUAUGGAGCUCAGUGGAUUCUUGCGAGAAUUUUCCUGCCCAUAUUCCACUUUGACGCAAGGUCCGAUUGAAGGUCGAUUGGCAACCAAAGAGUCUUGCUUACAGCUCCUUGACUACUUGCUUACGGAGCUGGCUAGUGUGAAGAUGAUAGCAUCGAAAAAGCCCGCAGUCCUAGCAUCAUUGUCGAAGACACCAACGGAGGUCGCAGAGCCGAGUGAGAGCGAAGUGGCCAAGUCUCUGAGAGAAAUGUUGAUGGCUCUGAAGUUUUCCAAGCCUCCUCCCAAUAUUACAGGUUUUCAGCUGUUCAGCAAGAUAGAGAGCAAGGUGAAGGAAUUCAUGUCCAAGUAUCCCAACCAGAUCGGCAAACCCUUACUUAAGACUCGGCUAUCGGACAAACAGUGGACUCACAUCUUGGCCAUCAACGACAUCUUGUCGGACGAAUACCGCGUGAGACGGGAGAUGUUGCUCAAACGUCUAGACGUGACCAUUCAGUCGUUCAAGUGGUCAGACAAGGCUAAGAGUAAUGACAACAAGAUAGCAGGAGUCUAUCAGCCGAUCCGACGUCUGCUUGUGUCCAAGACAAAUGUUGGAGUUCCGCAAAUUCUUGCCGCGAGGGAUGAUUUAACAAGACUGCAGAAAACGAGCAGUGGAGAGGCGAGAGAGAGGAGUAAAUGUGCAAUAAACAAAGUUCUCAUUGGCCGGGUGCCAGACAGAGGCGGGCGUGCCUGGGAGCUGGAACCUCCCCCACCCGAGAUGCCGGCCUUCAUGAAGAGAGACGCCAGCUCAGGGGGUCGGGGUGGUGGAGGAUUCCGUGGUGGUGGCCGCGGGGGCUACCAGGGAGGUGGAGGAGGAGGGGGUUAUCAGGGAGGGGG